CCAUUAAAUUGCUCAGUUUUCAAACCUGUCAAGCCAAAUAUAGUCUAGUACUUCUUAUAUAGUGGUUUGUGUCUGUCUAGUUGUAUAUCAAAAAGCAUUGUAAGUGAAAUUCAAUAAAAGAAGAAGAUGGCGAUGAUGAAAAGGCAGAUGGGUUUUGUGUCGUUUUUGGUGGUGUUUGUCGUUUUGAGCAGUAGUAGGGUGGAGUCGGAGGUGUCAAUGCAAGAGAAGUGCGGCAGUGACUUUCAAAAGCUGGCAGUUUGCCUGAGCUACGCGACGGGGAAGGCGGUGACUCCGACGAAGGACUGUUGUGAAUCGGUGAAGGGUAUAAAAGACAGUGAGCCAGAGUGCUUGUGCUUCAUUAUGCAGCAAACUCAUAAUGGAAACGACAAGAUUAAGAGCAUGGGUAUUCAGGAGACUAAGCUUAUUCAGUUACCAACUACUUGUGCCUUGAAAAACGCUAGCCUUGCUGAAUGUCCCAAGCUUCUAGGCUUAGCCGCUAACUCCCCAGACGCUGCCAUAUUCACAAAUGCCACAGCCGCAGCACCGGGGACUUCCUCGACACCAGCUACAACGGGAACAGGAACAUCCCAAACGCAGACAGCUACCGGCGGCACCUCUAGCCCAACUACACUUGGACCCUGCUUUGCUGCUCUUCUAGCAGUGGCUAUGGCCAUUGUCUUUGCGAAAUGAGAGCUUGAGCCUCAGAGGAUGAACUAGGUUGUCAUUGGCAAGGGCUUCAUGGCUGUUUUAGCUUUUUAUUAGCUAACGGUUUAGGACAUCAUCAAUCAAAAAUUAAUUGUCGUUGGCUUUGUGUUUGUUUUCGUAGACUGUCGUUUGUAGUUGUACCAAUAACGUUGUGUACUCCCACGUGUGUCGUUAUUGCUAAACUUCUCAUUUACCUUUUCA